CGCUGCUUCCGUUCCGCCUCCCUCGACAUCGCUUUUGCCCCCUUCCUUGUUCGGAAGGAACCAACGUGGUCACCGAGGCCACCGUUCUUCCUGCUGCGAGCGAAGCCGUCGGAGACGCGUGCGGUGAGUGGCAGUUGGCGGCGGCGGUGGCGGAGUGGACAUCGGGGGGAAGGGAAGGGAAGCGGAAACUUGUGCAGAUAGAUCCUUUUAGUUCCCACAUAUAAUGACCGACCCCUUGCGGUCCACAUGAGGAAGGUCGCAGGAAAAUUAAGGGGUAGGUGGCGGGACGACCAACGACGGUGACCGGCAGCCAGCAACCCCGUUCCUUCCCUGGUACGUAUUCUCGAUCGCCGGCGCCUUCGAUCCCGCCGCCUCCAGAUCCACCUGCAGCAGCCAAUUGAGAGAACUACUCCUCCCACCUCCCCUACACCACCGAUCACCGUGACUUCUCCCCAAAUCCGUUUUCCCCCUCAAUCUGCUCUUCUUCUCCUUUACCUCGCAGUCUGUGGCGCCCGACGCAACUAGCCGGUCCUGCCGAUAUUCUGCCGGCGUGGAUUGAUUUCUCCUCCUCUUGGCCUAGCAGCACUCUUUGCUAACUGGUACGAGUACAGUAUUGUGCUCGAGAUGGCGGAUGAAGACUCGUCCGAUUUCACCUUCUGCAAGGUUGAGCAAGCUGAAAAUGGUGGUCAUUUGGAAUCCCCUAGUUCCAUCACUGUGGCAAACAUGACACUCGAGGAUGUUGAUGGUAAUGGUGCAGAUAUUUCAAAAACUAAGAAGAUCCAGGGUAACACGGAAACAGACAAUCCAAUUACUGAUGGAAGAUCGCUCCAGGACUCCAGCAUAAAAGAACCAGUUGUACCAAAGAAUAGUGGAGAGUCUGUGCAAUCAAAUGUAUCACCUCAACCAAAAUCUUCAAAAAAAUCUGCAGUAAGGGCAAAGGUUCCUUUCGAGAAGGGCUUUAGCCCCAUGGACUGGCUUAAGCUAACUCGCACACAUCCUGAUCUGGCAGGGCUUAGGGGGCAGACAAACCGGAGGCUAAUAACUUUGGAAGAAGUUAAACAGCAUAAAACUGGAGAUUGUAUUUGGACAGUUCUAAAAGGCCGUGUGUACAACAUUGGUCCCUACAUGAAAUUUCAUCCUGGAGGAGUUGAUAUGCUCAUGAAGGGCGCUGGAAAAGACUGCACUGCUUUGUUCAAUAAAUACCAUGCCUGGGUAAAUGCAGAGUUCCUCUUGGAGAAGUGCCUCGUCGGAUUCCUUGAUCCCAGUGAGUAGAUUGUGAUCCAACUAGUUAUUAGGUACAGCUUGGUCCAUGUGGAGAUGAUCUGAAGAAUUGUAAACAGUGCUUUGCUGCAUUAUAUAAUGGCGAUAGAUUAUGCCUCUCGAAUUCGAGGACCCUCUUUACUAAAAAAAAGGUGAGAUUUUAUGACGGAAAAUAGCGGAAGAAACAGAUUUGAUGAUAAUUCUUGUAUACAAGGUUGAUUUUG